AUGGACGCGCUGAGCCGGGCCGGGCCCCGGCCCCGCCGCGCCGCCGCCGCCGCCUCCCCGCUGCCCUGGGGCCGCUUCGCCGCAUGGAUCGACUGCGUGUGUGUGGUGACCUUCGAUCUGGAGCUGGGACAGGCCAUGGAGCUGGUGUACCCCCACGACUUCAGGCUCACCGAGAAGGAGAAAACGAGCAUCUGCUACCUGUCCUUCCCAGACUCCUACUCAGGUGGCCUCGGGGACACCCAGUUCAGCUUCCGGCUGCGCCAGGCCGGGGGCUCCCGCAGCUCCCCGUUCCAGGAUGACGGCCGCUACAACCGGGAGGCCCCGGUGACGCUGCAGCGAGAGGCUGCUCACUAUUUCGGGUACGUGUACUUCCGGCAGGUCAAGGACAGCUCCAUGAGGAGGGGCUACUUCCAGAAGUCCCUGGUGCUCGUGUCCCGCCUUCCCUACGUGAACCUGUUCCAGUGCCUGCUGCAGCUGAUUGCUCCGGAAUACUUCGACAAGCUGGAGCCCUGCCUGGAGGCAGUGUGCAACGAGAUCGACCAGUGGCCACCCCCAGUGCCUGGCCAGACCCUGAACCUGCCCGUGAUGGGAGUUGUCAUCCAGGUGAGGAUCCCAUCCCGGGUGGACAAGCCAGGCUCCAGCCCAGUGAAGCAGUGCAACCAGGAGAAUCUGUUACCAGCCCCCCUGGUUCUCCCCAGUGUUCAUGAGCUGGAUCUGUUCAGGUGCUUCCAGCCAGUGCUGAUCCACAUCCAGAUGCUGUGGGAGCUGAUGCUGCUGGGGGAGCCCAUGGUGGUGAUGGCACCGUCCCCAACCAUGUCCUCAGAGAUGGUCCUGGCCCUCACCAGCUGCCUGGCCCCGCUGCGUUACUGCUGCGAUUUCCGGCCCUACUUCACCAUCCACGACAGCGAGUUCAAGGAAUACACCACGCGCACCCAGGCCCCGCCCAACAUCGUCGUGGGCGUCACCAACCCCUUCUUCAUCAAGACCCUGCAGCACUGGCCGCACAUCCUGCGGGUGGGCGAGCCCCGCAUGUCAGGAGACCUGCCCAAGCAGGUGAAGGUGAAGAAGCCGGCCAAGCUGAAGACCCUGGACACCAAACCAGGAAUCUACACUUCCUAUAAAACAUUCCUUCACAAAGACAAAACCCUGAUCAAAAGGCUGCUGAAGGGCAUCCAGCGGAAGCGCCCCUCGGAGGUGCAGAGCGCUCUGCUGAGGAGGCACCUCCUGGAGCUCACCCAGAGCUUCAUCAUCCCUCUGGAGCAUUACAUGGCCAGCCUGAUGCCUCUGCAGAGGGCCAUCACUCCAUGGAAGAAUCCCCCCCAGAUCCGCCCGUUCUGCCAGGAGGAUUUCAUGAAGAGCCUGGAGCACGCUGGGCCCCAGCUCACCUGUGUGCUCAAGGGGGACUGGCUGGGGCUCUACAGGCGAUUCUUCAAGUCCCCCAACUUCGACGGCUGGUUCCGGCAGCGGCACCGCGAGAUGACCCAGAAGCUCGAGGCCCUGCACCUGGAGGCCAUCUGUGAGGCGGACAUCGUGGCCUGGAUGAAGGACAAGUCCGAGGUGGAGAUCGUGGACCUGGUGCUGAAGCUGCGGGAGAAGCUGGUGAGGGCUCGCUGCCAGCACCUGCCCGUCAAGGAGGAGACCCUGCAGAGGGUGGGUCUCUACAUCGACACCAUCAUCGGCUCGCUGCCCGAGGACCUGCAGACUGUGCUGCACCACCCCUGAGCCGGGGGGCUCCUGGAGACCCUUGCCGGGCUGUCCCGGGCUGUCCCGGGCCGGCCGGGAU